AUGGCAAAAACGACUGGAAUUCUCGACAAAUCGCUGAGCCGCGGAAAAACCGAAAUCAAUUUGUCGACGUUUGCCGUGUUGUUUUCCGAAAUGGUUUUGUAUGCACAAAAUCGAUCGGAAACUGUGACUGAUAUUCAUGAUAGGUACGGAAUUUCUGGGUGGUAAAAAAAUGUGGAAAUUGAAAAAUUUCAAUGAAAAUGUAGGAUUUUUCGGAUUUUCUUCAUCAAAAAUUAUGCAAAUUUUCACUGUUUCAAAAUUUUGAUUUACAAAAGUUGAAAGCCUUCGAAAUGAUGCCUGUUCAUUUCAAAUUUGUAGAUAACAAAAUCCACGUCAUAACUAAUUUUUAGCGCAAAAAGUUUGUAAACUUCUAAUUUUUGAGAUUUUUUCAUCGAAAAUUGGAUUUCUUGCUGAAAAAUUCAUCUAAAAUCAGUAAUUUUCGAAAAAAAAUUUGCAGAUUUCUUUCCAACAAAAUUUUACUGUUUCAAAAUUUUGAUUUACAAAAUUUUGAAAGAUUUCAAAGUGUUUAUCAUUGUUUAGGUUUCUUGCUGAAAAAAUUCAAAUUUUCACUGUUUCAAAAUUCUUGUUUAUAAAAUUUGAACAAUUUCAAAUCGAUGGUAUUAUUGACUGAUUACUAAAAAAAAUCAAAAAUUUGAAUUUUCGAAACUUUUUUCAUGAAAACUUAUCCAAAAUUUUGCAGAAUAGCUCAAUACGGAAAACAAGUCGGCUAUCGAAUGUUUGAUAUCAUAACACUACGUGAAAAAGGCUAUAAAAGAGAGACGAAAUUGUUGGGAAUGUUGAUGUUCAUCAAAUCGACGGUUUGGAAAAAUUUGUUCGGAAAAGAGGCGGAUAAAUUGGAACGAUUGAAUGAUGAUCAUUGUACAUGUGAGGACGGGGGAUUUUUGAGGGAAAAUUUGGGUUUUUCGUGAAUUUUGGGCAGCUGGAAGUGAAAAUUUGAUCAAUUUUGAGCCAGAAAUUCGAAUUUUUGAGGAAAAUUGACCUGACAAUGAUAAUUUCUGUUAAUAUGAGCAAUCUGAAUUUUCAGACUGAACUUUUGACCGAAAAUUCGGAAAUUUCAUAAAUUUUGGACCAGGAACUCAAAUUUUAGAGAAAAUUUUACCUAAAAUUGAAUUUUUCCAAAUUUUUACAAAUAAUAAAAAUCCACUGUUUCAAAAAUUUUUGAAUUCAAAAUUUGAACAUUUUCGAGCAAUCCUGGCAUCGUUUUGAAGCAAAAAAAAACAAAAAAUUCUCAAAACCCCCAAUUUUCUUCACAGAUUUGCUAAUCGAAAAAGAUCCACUUGUCAACACGUAUAUUUCGGUGCCAAAAGAUAAAGGAGUUUUGAAUUGUGCCGCAUUUGCUGCUGGAAUUAUUGAAGCAAUUUUGGAGGUGGGAUUUUGGGUGAAAAUUUGGUGGGGGUCUGUUUUAAGUCAAAAAUUGUUUUUCUGUUUUUUUUUAAUCUGAAAAAUCUUCAUUUUCAUCAAAUCUUCCGCUGUUACCAAAUUUUGAAUAUUGGAGAAAUUUUUUGAGAAUUUUUGAAACAGUGAAUUUUUUAAAGGAAAAAUUUCUCUAACCUUUUUUUUUGAAAGAAAAAAUCCCAAAAUCAAAAUAAGACAGAAAAUGCAUGUUUUAUUCCUCAAAAAUUCACUGUUUCAAAAAUUUGAUAAAUUUUCAAAUAAAUUUUCUGUAGUCACUGUAAGAAUUCUAUUACUACUGGAUUUAUUUUGAAUCUUGAUUUUCAUUUAAAAAAAUUGAGAAUGUUCUCAGAGAUUCGCUGGCCAGCUCGCCACCAGAUCGCUGCGGCCACCUGGAAACCGCAUGGCCGCCAAGUCGCCUUGAGUUUUCCGGCGACGUGGCCUAUGUGUUUGAAAUCCUGAAAAGCUGGCAAGACGGUGGUUUGUACUCAAAACACUGCAUUUUCUACUGUUUUUUUCACUUCCUAAGGUUUCAAGUGCUGCGAAAAAACAGAAAAUGAGCCAAGUUUUUCGAAAAGCCUCAAUUCACAAGUUUUUCAGACAUUUUCAUGAAAAUUCAUUUUGACGAGGCGAUGUGGCCACCACGUGGUAGCCAUGUGGCCGUGACCUAGCCAGAGCCUGGCCACCUUGCCAGCGAAAAAAACCAGGCGACAUGGUUUCCAUGUGGUUCCCAGGUCAGCCAGCCUCCCCACCUGGUGGCGAGCUGGCCAGCGAAUCUCUGAGUUGAAGAAUCAAACCAAAUUUUGAAAAUUGAGUUUAUAGGAUUUUCGAAACAGUGAAUUUUUAAUGAUCAAAAAUCUGAUUUUUCAUCCAAAAAUUCCAGAAAAUUCUGAAAUUUUGAAAAAAAAGCUGAAAACUGCUAAAUUUUCAUUAAAAAUCAAAAUUUUGGAUUUUUGAAAAAGUUUAUAACCAUAACCACGAAAAAACUGUCAAAAAAAAUGUAUCGAAUUUUUGAAACGGUGAAAUUUUUCUGCAGAGCGCCUCAUUCAAAUGCAAAGUCACCGCCCAUUGGCACAACGAAACCGCCUACGUGAUACAAUUCGAAGAAUCGGUGAUUGCACGCGAAAAUGCACUUUUGGACUCGAAUCGCUAA